AAAAACCUGAGAGAGCCCAGCCCUCUGUCACCUGAUUGAGGGUGAAGGGGUUGUGGGAGAUUGGGGAAGGGGCCGCAGGUCGACCCAUGUAGCUUUUAACCCUAAUGUGGCUGAGAACAACCACCUUAUUUGGGCUAACAAGAAGUGUUUUGUUCAUUAUUACUGUGAUUAACAUUAGUAUCGGUGCCGAUAACAAAGCUGAAACCACAUAUUUAGAAUUUAGAUCUGAUUUAAAAAAAUGUUGGGGUGGAUGUUCCAACUGGAUCUGGAGAAAAGAAAAUGAAAACAGCCUGGUGAGAGGGGACCCAGAGCCGCUUCCUCCAUCUCAGAUGGCAUUCUCUGUCUUCUCAGGAGGGGCAGCCAAACAUUGGCCAGUCCGGACAGGACAGAAGGCGGCAAGGCAGCUCUUGCUUGCCCUUCCAUCUGCACCCUCAGGCAGCGGGACACUGCUGGGACCAGCUGACCCUAGUUCACAGCUGCCGUAGAACAUGGAGAUGUCAUGGGAUGAGUUCCACCCGUUCAUCGAGGCGCUGCUGCCUCACGUCCGAGCCUUCUCCUACACCUGGUUCAACCUGCAGGCGCGGAAGCGCAAGUACUUCAAGAAGCACGAGAAGCGGAUGUCGAAGGACGAGGAGCGCGCGGUGAAGGACGAGCUGCUGGGCGAGAAGCCUGAGAUCAAGCAGAAGUGGGCAUCCCGGCUGCUGGCCAAGCUGCGCAAAGACAUCCGGCCCGAGUUCCGAGAGGACUUUGUGCUGACCAUCACGGGCAAGAAGCCCCCCUGCUGCGUGCUCUCCAACCCCGACCAGAAGGGCAAGAUCCGGCGGAUUGACUGCCUGCGCCAGGCCGACAAGGUGUGGCGGCUGGACCUGGUCAUGGUGAUUUUGUUUAAGGGGAUCCCCUUGGAAAGUACUGAUGGGGAGCGGCUCUACAAGUCGCCCCAGUGCUCGAACCCCGGCCUGUGCGUCCAGCCACAUCACAUUGGAGUCACAAUCAAAGAACUGGACCUUUAUCUGGCUUACUUUGUCCACACUCCGGAAUCCGGACAAUCAGAUAGUUCAAACCAGCAAGGAGAUGCGGACAUCAAACCACUGCCCAACGGGCACUUAAGUUUCCAGGACUGCUUUGUGACUUCCGGGGUCUGGAACGUGACAGAGCUGGUGAGAGUGUCACAGACUCCUGUUGCAACCGCAUCAGGACCCAACUUCUCCCUGGCAGACCUGGAGAGCCCCAGUUACUACAACAUAAACCAAGUGACCCUGGGACGGCGGUCCAUCACCUCCCCUCCUUCCACCAGCACCACCAAGCGCCCCAAGUCCAUCGAUGACAGCGAGAUGGAGAGCCCAGUUGAUGAUGUGUUCUACCCUGGGACAGGCCGCUCCCCAGCAGCUGGUAGCAGCCAGUCCAGUGGAUGGCCCAAUGACGUGGAUGCAGGCCCUGCUUCUCUAAAGAAGUCAGGAAAACUGGACUUCUGCAGUGCCCUCUCCUCUCAGGGCAGUUCCCCACGCAUGGCUUUCACCCACCACCCGCUGCCUGUGCUUGCUGGAGUCAGACCAGGGAGCCCCCGGGCCACAGCAUCGGCCCUGCACUUCCCCUCCACGUCCAUCAUCCAGCAGUCGAGCCCGUAUUUCACACACCCGACCAUCCGCUACCACCACCACCACGGGCAGGACUCGUUGAAGGAGUUUGUGCAGUUUGUGUGCUCUGAUGGCUCGGGCCAGGCCACUGGACAGCCCAACGGUAGCGGCCAGGGCAAAGUCCCGGGGUCAUUUUUGCUACCGCCGCCGCCUCCAGUGGCCAGACCUGUGCCCCUUCCUAUGCCUGAUUCCAAAACCACCAGCACGGCCCCAGACGGCGCGGCCUUGACUCCUCCAUCACCUUCAUUCGCAGCGACAGGCGCCUCCUCUGCCAACCGGUUUGUCAGCAUCGGACCCCGGGACGGCAACUUUCUGAACAUCCCACAGCAGUCUCAGUCCUGGUUCCUCUGAUUAAGGUCAACAAAGAAACAACAAAAUAAAAAAAAAAAAAAAAAAAGAGGUUCCUCAAAAGGGGGGAGAAGAAAUUUUGAAACAUGGAAAUAUCCCCCAGCCCAGCCCCACCGAAAAGCAAAACUUAGACGUCGUCAGCCACUCAGCCCUUCCCUCCUCCAGCCCGGGUACCCCUGCGGUCCAAAGCAGCCCAGUCCUGGGAGCCCUCGGAAGGGGUCUCAGCGGAGCUUACACCAGCAGCCAAGCAGAAAGAAGCAUGCUAAACGGACUCUGCUAAACAGAGGACAAACAGAAAGGAUGCAACAAGGCUGCCUUCCUCCUACCCAGCCCGGCCCUCCGGGGAAGGAGCAGCCAGCUCGCUGUUCUUGGGGACCCCACCCUCCGCUGGACCUAAGCUUCCCUAGGAGCCCGGAGGAACAGCUCGUAAGGAUGAUGGGAGUAGACAUUCGAGCUCACCUCCGGACUUCGCCCCUCCUUCCUCUCCCUCUCACCCUUCCUGGGAGCCUCUGCUCAGGCUUCUGUCCCCAGCUGCUCUGGACCAGGCGAGGAUGGCCCCGGGGUGGGCAGGGGGAUGUUCCUUGGAGCUAGCUGAAUUCAGCGUUGAGUCCAGAAUGGAGGGUGUUCUGCCACCCCACUCUAAACCGCACGGGCAGUUCUCGGGCUGGACCCCCUCUGUACAGCACACAGGAAAAAGUCAGAAUGCUCUGGACUGGACGCUCAGCCCGGCACAGGCACCCUCUUCCAUCCCCGUAGGCGGCGAGGGCUGCCCUCUGCCACGCCCCUAGGGAAGGGAGUCGGCCCCAGGUCGCCCCGCACCCCAGCCCUGCAUGCAGGUGCCCUCGCUCCGCCCCUCUGCCCUGUCCCUGCCCCUGCCGCACACCGCCCUCCAGGGGCCGGCCGAGAGUGGAGCAGAAAGGGCCCCGGAGCCGAGCGAGGAGGACCAGGCAGCCUCCACCUGCGCUAGGUAGGCGUCCUGCUCUCGAGACUUUCAGUUCCUGUGGAGGGUGGGGGGUGUCAUCCUUUUAAAAGAGUGUUCUGGAGCCUUCUGGUCCCCUUCCCUUCCCACCACACCCCGUGGCCACUUCUCCCUAGAUUUUAGCUGUCAUGUCUUUCCUCUUUAUUUAGGGGUGGGGCCGUCAUUGUUUGGUCUUUCACUGUUGCAGUUGGGAACUCCUCCUCUGUUUGAGCAACUUGGGAACAAUUUCGUAACACACCACAGGAAGCAGCUCUCCUCCCAGCCCCCUCCUCCUGCAAGGGAUGGUGGAGGCUUGUCCAGAGGGUCUUGAGAAGCCCCCUGGGAGGGAGGGGAACGCGAGCACGCCAGCCCCCCUCCAGGGUGACUGGGCCCCUCUGGCUUGUCUUUCUGUGCCUUAGUCCUUCCUCCUUCCCUGCAUCUCCCCUCCCAGGCCCAUUCUCAAGGCCUUGCGCCUCUCCGGUAUGAAAACACAAAGCACAGGUCAGGAUCCUCCGCAAGUCGGUCCAACAUUGCACCACGUGGGGGUGGGUUGUGGGCUUUAUUUAUUGAGAAUCGAGUUGGUGAGGCUGCGGCCCUGAGCAGGCGAAUGGCCGCGUGCAGGGAGCUCGGGGCUGGGAGGCGGCUGUGCGGGGCGCUGUGUGGAAGUUGAGCGAAGCCCUCCCCUGUGGCGUCGAGGGCCCGGGUGGAGAUCCCGCGGGGGGCCUCCCUGUGCGAGGGGAGGGAGCCCCAGGGUGGGGGGCCGGGCGGGCCGGGCGUGACGCGCGGUCAAAGUGCAAUGAUUUUUCAGUUCGGUUGGCUAAACAGGGUCAGAGCUAAGAGCUAGCGAAAGAGGGUCCCUGCCCGUCCGGCCGCGUGCGCCUCUUCGGUCGGUCGAAGACAGUCGGGCUGCGGGCGCUGUGGGUUUGCGGGGCGCAGCCCCGGGCGAGGUCAGAAGCUGCAGGCCAGCUGGGCCGGGGCCCAAGGUGCCCGGCGAGGUACCCCUGGGAGGACCGGGGUGGGGUGGGGGUGGCGCUCCUUUCCCAAGUGGUGUUGUGAGGGGCAGGCGAGGGACGAUGAGGGCGACAGAUGUGGGGACGUAUUAGGAGAGGAAACAACCCACAAAAAAAAAAAAUAUAGGGGAAAUUAACCUUUUUUUUUUUUUCAUUGAACCAAGUGCAAUGCAUCAGAGAGUUUUCCUAUCUUUGUAUGUUAAGAGAUUAAGAAAAAAAUUCUAUUUUUGUUGUACUGUCCUCGCGGCUCUGGGGACGCUAAAAGAACUGGGCCUGCCCUGCCCUUAGCGGGGAUGAAAGCUGAGUGUUUUUCCUUUUUUUUUUUCUUUUCUUUUCCUUUUUUUUUUUGAUAGUUCUCUGGGUUUUUUUCUUUUUGUUUGUUUGUUUGGUUGAUUGGUUGGUUGGUUUUUUGCCGUUUUCCUGCGUUGACGAGGAUAAUCUGGGGUUUUAAUUUGUUUCGUCGUUCGGUCGGUGGGAGGGCUGAAGAAAACGUUCACAUUUUAUAUUUUAAAAAACACCUCGACAUGAAAAAAAAAAAAACCAACACAAGAUCAAAAGGAAAAG